AUGGCGGACGGUGACGGCUUAGGUGAAGCAGCGACUGCUGCGGCAUCUCCUCCCGCACCUGCUCCCGGCCAAAGCCUGUCCCUGGGCUGGAGGGAGCGGCUGCGGGCUGGGCUGGCUGGGACUGGGGCCUCGCUGUGGUUCGUGGCGGGACUGGGACUGCUUUACGUUCUGAGGGUCCCGCUGAGGCUGUGUGAGAAUUUGGCAGCGGUGACAGUAUUUUUAAAUUCAUUGACGCCCAAAUUCUAUGUGGCACUUACAGGAACAUCUUCUUUGAUAUCAGGACUAAUAUUUAUGUUUGAAUGGUGGUACUUCCAUAAGCAUGGCACGUCUUUUAUUGAGCAAGUAUCUGUGAGCCAUUUGCGACCUCUGAUGGGAGGAACGGAGAGCAGCAUUUCAGAGCCAGGUUCUCCUUCUAGCAACAGAGAAAGUGAAACCAGCAGACAGAAUUUGUCAGAAUGCAAAGUAUGGAGGAACCCUCUAAAUCUUUUCAGAGGAGCAGAAUAUAGGAGAUACACUUGGGUGACUGGUAAAGAGCCACUUACCUACUAUGACAUGAAUUUGUCAGCUCAGGACCAUCAGACCUUUUUCACCUGUGACACGGACUUUUUACGUCCUUCAGACACAGUUAUGCAGAAGGCAUGGAGGGAAAGAAAUCCUCCAGCUCGAAUCAAAGCAGCCUAUCAAGCUUUAGAAUUAAACAAUGACUGUGCCACUGCAUAUGUUCUACUGGCUGAGGAAGAAGCAACAACUAUUGUGGAUGCUGAAAGGUUAUUUAAACAGGCACUCAAGGCAGGAGAGACAAUUUACAGGCGGUCACAGCAGUGCCAGCACCAAAGUCCUCAGCACGAAGCUCAACUGAGAAGAGAUACGAAUGUACUGGUAUAUAUUAAAAGAAGAUUAGCAAUGUGUGCAAGAAAAUUAGGAAGAAUAAGAGAAGCAGUAAAAAUAAUGAGAGAUCUGAUGAAAGAAUUUCCUCCUCUUACCAUGUUGAACAUCCAUGAGAAUCUCCUAGAAUCACUUUUAGAAUUACAGGCCUAUGCAGAUGUUCAGGCAGUCCUAGCAAAAUAUGAUGAUAUAAGCCUUCCAAAGUCAGCAGCAAUCUGUUACACAGCAGCACUAUUGAAGACAAGGACUGUUUCAGAUAAAUUCUGUCCUGAAACAGCCUCCAGAAGAGGGCUAAGCAUGGCAGAAAUUAAUGCUGUGGAAGCAAUUCAUAGAGCUGUGGAAUUUAAUCCUCAUGUUCCAAAAUAUUUACUAGAGAUGAAGAGUCUAAUUUUACCUCCAGAACACAUUCUGAAACGAGGUGAUAGUGAAGCAAUUGCCUAUGCUUUCUUCCAUCUUCAGCAUUGGAAGAGAAUAGAAGGUGCUCUGAAUCUGUUACAGUGUACGUGGGAAGGCACUUUUAGAAUGAUUCCAUACCCUUUAGAGAAAGGCCAUCUAUUUUACCCUUAUCCCAGCUGCACAGAGACUGCUGAUAGAGAGCUAUUACCUACCUUUCAUCAUGUUUCUGUUUACCCAAAGAAGGAGCUUCCUUUUUUCAUCCAUUUCACAGCAGGACUGUGUUCUUCUACAGCAAUGAUAGCUCUUCUCACACACCAGUUUCCUGAAAUCAUGGGUGUUUUUGCUAAAGCUGUGGAGCCCCACCCUGUUUCUAUGCCCAGAUUUGCUCCGAGCCACUUGACUCUCCAGGAAUGA